CCUUCAGUCGCUCCCUCCCUACCUCUGCCCGCGCUCUGGGAGGCUGCUUGUUCCCCGGCCACAAAGCCCCUUUGAUCCUCUGCUCGGCUCCGAGCCAUGUGACCCGGUGGGCGGGCCGCGGCUCUGGGCGGCCAGCACUGCCGACUCCUCUCCGCUGCUGGCCACCGAGGCGGCUCCCGGCUGCACUGGCGACAUGGCCGACACCCCCAGAGAUGCCGGGUUCAAGCAGGCGCCCGCACCGCGGAGCGAGAAGGCCCCCGUGGACUUCGGCUACGUGGGCAUCGACUCCAUCCUGGAGCAGAUGCGCAGAAAGGCCAUGAGGCAGGGCUUCGAGUUCAACAUCAUGGUUGUCGGGCAGAGUGGCUUGGGCAAGUCCACCUUAAUCAACACGCUCUUCAAGUCCAAGAUCAGCCGGAAGUCGGUGCAGCCGGCCGUGGAGGAGCGCAUCCCCAAGACGGUGGAGAUCAAGUCCAUCACUCACGAUAUCGAGGAGAAGGGCGUCCGGAUGAAGCUGACGGUGAUUGACACGCCAGGCUUUGGGGACCACAUCAACAAUGAGAACUGCUGGCAGCCCAUCAUGAAGUUCAUUAACGACCAGUACGAGAAGUACCUGCAGGAGGAGGUGAACAUCAACCGGAAGAAGCGCAUCCCGGACACGCGUGUGCACUGCUGCCUCUACUUCAUCCCCGCCACUGGCCACUCUCUCAGGCCGCUGGACAUCGAGUUCAUGAAGCGCCUGAGCAAGGUGGUCAACAUCGUCCCCGUCAUCGCCAAGGCCGACACGCUGACCCUGGAGGAGAGGGUCUACUUCAAGCAGCGGAUCACCGCGGACCUGCUGUCCAACGGCAUUGACGUGUACCCCCAAAAGGAGUUCGAUGAGGACGCGGAGGACCGGCUGGUGAACGAGAAGUUCCGGGAGAUGAUCCCGUUUGCCGUGGUGGGCAGUGACCACGAGUACCAGGUCAACGGCAAGAGGAUCCUCGGGAGGAAGACCAAGUGGGGCACCAUCGAAGUGGAAAACACCACACACUGCGAGUUUGCCUACCUGCGGGACCUCCUCAUCAGGACACACAUGCAGAACAUCAAAGACAUCACAAGCAGCAUCCACUUCGAGGCCUACCGCGUGAGGCGGCUCAGCGAAAGCCAUGGCGCCGUGGCCAACGGCGUGGAGGAGAAGGAGCCGGAAGCCCAGGAGAUGUAGACGCCUGCCCCGCCCCGGACCCUCGCCCCGCGUCGCCCCCCACCCGGCCCACUUUAUUUUAUAUCAUUUUCUCCACUCUUCCCUAUGUGCUGCCCGCCUGCGCCACAAGAGGGCGCCCUCCUGUGUGUGCUCGCAGACUUCGGGUGUGGGCGGGCCCAGAUCCCCCCAGGCCCAGCCCCCAGGGGGCAGCACCUGCCCUCGCCGAGCCUACCCGUCCAGGAGCAGCCUCCGUGUGUGGGCUUCGGGCCCUUUCCUGCACAGGUGCCCGCGGGGCCUCGUGCCCCAGCCUCAGGGGCAGGUCGGGGCUGUGCCCAGGGGAGGAUGGAGCCCCUCCCGCCCCUCCCUGCCCGCACAGCGUAGCUGCCGGCGGCGCAGACACGCGAGUCCGUCCUGAAGCAGAAAGUGCCUUGACCACAGCCGUCCCCACCUCCCAGGAACCCCAGCAGCCGGCGAGAGGGAGGUGGCGGCUUCCUCUCCCCGCUCCCCACCUCGUGUCCUGCCUCCCAUGGGCUGCGGGGGUAGCCGGUGCACCUGGACCUAAUUGAGGACAAAAGAGAGGGGGAGAUGCUACCCGUGCCUGAUUUUUAGCAAGUGAAUAUGGUGGGGUAGCAGAGGGGCGGAGCCCAGCAGGUGCCUGGGGAAAGGGGGGGCAGGCGUGGCUCGGGGUGGUUGGAGGGGCCCCGGGCACCCGGGGUCCUGCCUGUGUCCAUCUUGUCUGUUCUUGGUUUGGCCCAAGGUGUUCGGGUCGCAUUAAUGCCCGGUUGGCCACCCCACUUCUCAUCCCCCACGGCCCUGUUUGUUCUCCUGCCUGGGCCCCUGCACCCCCAUCAGAGACCCCCCCACCCCAGAGAGAGGCAGGAGGGCCCGGGUGCAGACCUGGGCUGGGGGCGAGGGCCCCCUCCACCUCUGUCCCUGCCAGGAGGCCAGCAGGGCCCGUCCUUCCCUUGCACAGCCGACCAAAGCUGCCCCGUCCCCGCCACCUGUUCCUGUCUCGCGCCUGGCAUGGAGGGAGGGUCCGAUGGGGUCUGACCCAGGUGCAUCUGUCCCCGGCCGCCGCACCGGCAUCUUAGCGCCGGCGAGAGGGCCGGGCGGCGGCCAGACGCGGCAGGGGCAGGUGCGCCUGUGUGGGGAGCUCAUUGCCCUGAGCAGCUUGGGGAAGGACCCCCUCGCCAAGCCCCCCAGCGGAGCAGUUUACUUGCCGACUUGCCAAGACUUUGCCAAAACCAAGAUCCUGCAGGCCACGUGCAGCCCCGGCGUCGGUGUGGCCCCGGGGUCCGCGGCACCCGGGGCCCGGGAUGGCUUCGCUUUCCUGCCCUGUAACCAGAUUUUGAGAAAUUGCGUCCGUCAGGCUCUGUCCCACGGUGGCCUUCCGCUCUGUGCCUCCUGAGAAAUCCGUCUCUUUUUGUAUAAAUAACAAAGUGUUGAAAUUGUAUUUCCUGAAAUAAAUGUUUCAAAUGCAAA